AGUAGAACAGCUGAUCGAUGUUUUUAUCAAAACAAUAAUAGCCUUAAUUUACAAUAAUGGUAAUUAGAUGUUACAUUUUCAGCGAAUAAUGCGUAAAAUAGAAAACCCUAUUGAACUGUACGUUUAUAAAAUCGAAUCCUAAUGGGAGACAUAUUAUAAAAACCGAAAAUGGAGUUAACCUUAAAUUUCCUACUGCUCUUCCUCUCGAAUUUCUCCUUCGGAGUGACUUUUUUGUCUCCAAUAACUAACGUAACGUCUUUGUGCUCGGACUAUGGUCAAGUAGAACACGCAAUGGUUUCAACAACUGUCGAUAAUUUGUUAAUGGAUGACAUUUCGCAGCAACAAACUGUUCACAUACAUUGCACUGUAGGGUACGAUCUAGAGGGUCCGCCGAAAAUCCCGUGCGUGAAUGGCGAAUGGGAGCAAACCGUAAGGCCUCGCUGUUUAGCACGCUGUGAUCAUCCUCCGUACAUAUCAAACGGACGUUAUCAACUAGACGGCAAUCAGAGUGACGGAAUUUAUAAGAAGGGCGCAUUAGCUAUUUAUUCGUGCAAAGAAGGUUACCAGUUAACGCCGCCGGAGAGUCACUAUCGCGUGUGUGAGAAAGGAAUUUGGACAGGUGCCAAUGCAACAUGUGUUCGGACUGAGAAAAUACUAGGUUGUAAACCAGCGAAGGAUAUUUUAAACGGUUAUUAUGUACACGAGACUCCUGGUGAUUAUGAUGGAGUGUACAGUGUAGGGCAGAGGUUACAUUUCAGUUGUAAAACAGGAUAUGUGUUAAUUGGACCAUUAAUUCAGCAGUGCUUGGACGACGGAACGUGGUCACCGAAACGCCCCCCUCUGUGUUUACCGGAUGCAAAUGAAAGCACCGAUGAUUAUCCUUGUUCAUCGGCGCCAACCGUCCCACACGCUCUAACGUCGGUCGUUCAGGGAUUUCAAUCUUUGGAGACCGCACUUCCGGGAACAGAAGUCGAAAUUAAAUGUACAACGAAGUAUCGUAACGCCCGCAAUCCGUGCCAGUCGACAAGAUUAAAAUGUACAAAUGGCCGAUGGGUUGGAAUGUUACCUAACUGUGUUCUUGCCAGAGAAUGUUCAUCUCCACCCGUAGUGGCGCACGGAUCCCCUUUCGACUUAAAUCCAGAAACUGGGCGCGUUCGCUAUCCAAUUAACGCACAAAUUUCGUAUCAGUGUCUUCCAGGGUUCGAAUUGCAGGGGAAUUAUAUUUUGACUUGUUCGGCUGGCGGGUGUUGGACACCAAUGAAUCCGCCUGCAUGCAAACUGAACAGUCAUUAUUUCUUGGAAGUCAAUGGAGGAGGACCAAUGUUGAUAUCUCUAGCAACCGGCGCCGGCGUUUUGCUGCUUCUACUGAUUAUCUGGCUCGCAAUAGUUUGUAGAAGACGAAAACCACUGUCACGCGCCGUACCACUACCACCACCUGUUCCUAGGCCGGAUCUCGCUGAUCAUGCCGCUCUUUUACAUCAUCCUGAUAGAUUAGCUCUCAUCGCCUUUGCUGAUGGCAUUCAAGUUGGACAGUCGGUUCUGCCCACCUACGAAGAAGCGGUAAGGGAUCGAGGACCGGGGGUAGUUUCAAGUCGCUUUACGCGACCCCAUUGGCCAUCGUUAGCGCAUAGAAGGAAUAGAAACUCUCCAGAUAUUGUGCACGUUACCAGACAGGGAUCAUUCGUAUCCCAUUCUAACAGCACGCGAUCAGGGGGUGAUCCGAUGGGAUCAACCGAUACCAUGAUCGCAUCUGAAGGUUCCACGGCCGUAACGUUAGACACGGCGUCCUCCCAUAGUGGUUCACAAUCAGCGUCCUGCAGAGCGCAUUGUGGCAGCUUAGCCUCCUUCGACACUAGUUCCGUUCAUAACACCGAAGGUGUUCCCCUUUUGGAAGAGAGCGAAUUGGAGGAAAUCCAAGGGGAAACUAGAUCUUUAGCUAUGGAAAACCGCUCCAUGGCGGACGACGGAUCUUUCAAAUUUAACAUAAAUUCUCUAGAUCUAGCCUAGUCAUUUACUUAUAUAUUGUAGUAUACUUUUAACACAUUGCGAAGUGGCAAAGUGAUAUUGUUGUUCAAAUCUCGCUAACGGAUUGAAUAAUUUGUUACUGCUGUUUUUGUCUACUUCCCUUGUUGUAUCUGUGAAUAUUAUUCCAUUAACCUAUACCGCGCUUUUGGGUGUUAGUUUAUGAAAGUGUGCGUUUCUGGAUGAGACCAAAAUGAAAAACUAAACCUCAUAUUUCUUGUUUAUAAUUUAGAAAAGUUAAGUAGUAUACAACGCAGAGUAUAAAUUAUUGUGUAUAUUUUCUUAUUGCUGUAUAGUAGAUUUACGCGCUGACCAAAGGAAGAUUAUUAAAACUAGUCCAUUGUGUAUAAUAAUUAACGUAAUAGUAAAUGUUCUCGACCAAUACCGAUGUAAGAAAAAUGCCAUGUGUGUUAUGCAUUCUGUUGCAAUGGUUUUUUUUUUAUUUAAGUCUUAUGGAAAAUUGAAUGUUUAAUGUUAUUAAAAACGUGAAAAUUAUCAUUAAAGAUGCGAAACUUAUUUUUCCGUUCUCAAAGUGUACACCUGGAUGGUGUUCUUGUGUUAUUUUCUCGGAAAGGUGAAAUAGAUCUAAAUUUAGUUGUACGUAUUAUUUUGUUUUUGUUGCAUUUAUUGUUGAGCAUUGUUUAGUAUUGUUGGUACUUUUUGUUAAUUUUAUAGAGCUUUGGUUUAUUUCUUUUAUGGCAGAACUGUCGACUUAAUAUGUGAAAUUAUAGCUAAAUGUCAAGGAAAUUUGUAUAGUUCAUCAUUAGUCUAUAGAUGAAUAAACGCCACUAUAGACAAUAAAAUACUAAUUUUAAA